GUAUGGUGAAGCGGAGUUCGAGAAACACGCGAUUCGGUACAAUAUAAAUUCUGAAAUUAGCGGAAACACAAAGCCCCACAUCACCGACUGGUAAAUACCAAAUAAAAUCCAUGUUAUCGCAGUUAAACUAAUUAGACACCAGUCCGUUAUAUCGCGGGCGUGUGUUCAUUAAAACUUAUUUAUCGUUGUCUCUGGAAACUCGUCAGUCGGUAAACAAAACCAGUGGAAUAUGUUGUUGGUGUUUGUGUGUGUUGCGGCCGCCAGUUUGGCCAGUGCCGAACAUGAUCAAGGUCUCUAUCAGGUCCCGGACCCGACCAUCGUUACACAUCCCCGAGGCUUCGAAGUCAGCAUUCCAGACGAUGAUGGCAUACAAUUGUUUGCGUUCCAUGGCAACAUCAAUAAGCCCUUAGAGGGAUGGGCCGCGGGCACAUUCUCCAGGGAUGUGCUCAAGAAGACCAAGGAUAGAUGGGUGUUUAAAGACAAACGCACCAGGCUGCACCCCGGAGAUACGAUCUACUAUUGGCUCUUCGUCAUCAAAGACAAUUUGGGUUAUAGAUACGAUGACGGCGUUUACACAGUUCCAGUUACAGAUGAUGAUUUCGAAGAUGACAUUAAAACUUCAGGAAAACCGUUUGAGGGGACUGAAAACUUGCCACCACUGAGAACCGAAUGCAACCAAACAGUACUUAAAUCUAAAGACGACUUGUAUCAAGAAAUCCUAAUUAAUAUUACUAGCAACAUGAUUAAAAAAGACGAGCAAAUAAAGGAUCUCGAAGAUAAUAAUACAAUAUUGAGGAAAAUACUCGAAGACUCUCCCACUGCUUUAUCAUUGACUUUUGCGGGAGUUUUGCCUCCUGGUGAAGAUGCGUUGUAUACCGUUAUAAAUUUACUCAGAAAUAAACUUCUGAUUUCUGAUGUAAAAGUGAAAAAUGUUAAAUAUAAUGACAAUAAGACUAUUAGUUUUGAAGUAUUUGAUUUAGAUGACAAAAUUAAAAUUGUCGGUGCAGCUAUUGAUAAAUUAAGAGAUUCUAAAAUAAAACUUAUGUAUUAUUAGUUAAUUUUAACAAUUUUUUUAACUUUACUGAAUUAAUUUUAUAAUUGAUUGACAAUAGAAUUGUCUAAAAUAUGAUGUGUCAAUUUUAAUUGUAUUUAAAAUGCCUAUUAAUUAAUAUCCGUUAAAAUUAUCAGCAAACUGUAAGUCAAGUGCCAUAAUUUAAACAUUGUACGAAAAAAUGUUUUGAAAUCAAAACAUUAUUUCUCUUUUAACCUUUUAAUUAAUUUAAACUUAUAAAUAAAUUUUAAGUUCAUCAACUAUGGUGAUAAUCUAAAAUGCUUUUAUGGUUUUAUUAUAAACUGGUUUGUGAAAUAAAUAUUUUAUGUUUAUUUAA